AUGUAUCGUAGUGUAUUUAAAGUGAUGAGAGAACAAAAGGGUGGUAUUAUUUUUAAUAUCUCUUCUAUAGCCGGGUAUGUCCCAAGUGCACUUGGUUCGCCAUACUCUGCAUCAAAGCAUGCAAUCACUGCGCUUUCUGGGUGUCUCAACUCAGAAGGAGUCAACUUCGGAAUAAAAUGUGUUAAUGUAAUGCCUGGAGGUUUUAAAACCGACUUUUUUAAGAACACAUCAUUUAAAACAACUCCAGCUAUAAUUGAAGAGUAUGACACUUUGAGAGAAGACGCAUAUAAAGGACUUUCUCCAGAAAGUAUGGGAAAGUUCUUAAUUGGUGACCCAAAGAAAGCAGCUGAAGUGCUUAUCAAAGUAAGUAACAUGGAACAACCACCUUUAUAUUUAUUCCUUGGAGAAGACGCUUUUGAAAACGCGUUGAAACAAAUCGAAAAAGUGAAGAGUGAUAUGUAA